AUGGAAGAUGAAGAAGACAAAUCGCUCUUGCAAUAUGCAGGCAUAUUUUCUGACACUCUGCGUAACGUAUCCACGACCUCAUGCGCUCCAGACGAGGAUCUAGAAACUGACUUAGGCCUCGCUGAUGAACUUCAAACUGCAGAUGCGUUGGCGACGGAAAAGGUCAUCCCCAAGGAUAAAACGAAGGGUCAACUUCGUAAAGAGUUGGAGGCGAAGUGGGACCCUCUUACUGAACGCGAACCUACAGUACAACAUGAAAGGGAGUGGAGAGCUAUCCAGCUACGUGGGUUCAUGAACCCGAAAAAGUUCUAUAAGGGGAACAAGAGCGGGAAAUUGGAACCGUUACCCCUACGUUACCAAGUUGGAGUCAUGACCACAUCAUCGGGGGUCAGGGCUGGCCCUGGUGAAGAAUCCCAAGCAUCGGGGGCAGUGAACUCACGAAAACGGCGCAGAGGUAUAUCGAUGCUUGCGGAAACUUUGGCAACCGACCAAACUUGGACCCGCAAAAAGUACAAGGAAAUACAGGGCGAGAAAACAUCUGGAUCAAAGGGCUGGUACAGCAGACAGCGUAGUAAACUUAAGAAAAAAACUUAA